UCCCCCCCGCCGCCUCCUCCUCCUGCCGCUGCCGCUGCUUUGGCUGCUGCGUCAUACGCCCCAGAGCCGCCGGGACGGAGGGGCUGGGCCUGGGGACCCCCCGGCCUCCGCCUGCACACCCCCCCACGCCCGGACGUGCCCUCUCCGCGCGGGGGACUCGCCUAGGUCUCCUACGUCUGCCCCUGCCCGGCUCCUGGCGGCCCCAGCUGUCACCGGCCCCCCCAGGAUGCAAUGGCGCAGCCCCCCCGGCUGAGCCGCUCUGGUACCUCCUCACUUUGGGACCCAGCUUCUCCUGCUCCCACCUCUGGCCCCAGGCCUCGACUUUGGGAGGGUCAAGAUGUGCUGGCCAGAUGGACUGAUGGGCUGCUAUACUUGGGUACCAUCAAAAAGGUGGAUAGUGCUAGAGAGGUGUGUCUGGUCCAGUUUGAGGAUGAUUCGCAGUUUCUGGUUCUAUGGAAAGACAUUAGCCCUGCUGCCCUCCCUGGGGAGGAACUCCUCUGUUGUGUCUGUCGCUCUGAGACUGUGGUCCCUGGGAACCGGCUGGUCAGCUGUGAGAAGUGUCGCCAUGCUUAUCACCAGGACUGCCAUGUUCCCAGGGCCCCAGCCCCUGGAGAGGGAGAGGGCACAUCCUGGGUAUGCCGCCAGUGUGUCUUUGCGAUCGCCACCAAGAGGGGAGGUGCCCUGAAGAAGGGCCCCUAUGCCCGGGCCAUGCUGGGUAUGAAGCUCUCUCUGCCAUAUGGACUGAAGGGGCUGGACUGGGAUGCUGGACAUCUGAGCAACCGACAGCAGAGUUACUGUUACUGUGGUGGCCCUGGGGAGUGGAACCUGAAAAUGCUGCAGUGCCGGAGCUGCCUGCAGUGGUUCCAUGAGGCCUGCACCCAGUGUCUGAGCAAGCCCCUCCUCUAUGGGGACAGGUUCUAUGAAUUUGAAUGCUGUGUGUGUCGUGGAGGCCCUGAGAAAGUCCGGAGACUACAGCUUCGCUGGGUGGAUGUGGCCCAUCUUGUCCUGUAUCACCUCAGCGUUUGCUGUAAGAAGAAAUACUUUGAUUUUGAUCGUGAGAUCCUCCCCUUCACUUCUGAGAAUUGGGACAGUUUGCUUCUGGGGGAGCUUUCAGACACCCCCAAAGGAGAACGUUCUUCCAAGCUCCUCUCUGCUCUCAACAGCCACAAGGACCGUUUCAUUUCAGGGAGAGAGAUUAAGAAGAGGAAAUGUUUGUUUGGUCUCCAUGCUCGGAUGCCUCCCCCUGUGGAGCCCCCUACUGGAGAUGGAGCACUCACCAGCUUCCCUUCAGGGCAGGGCCCUGGGGGAGGGGUCUCACGUCCCCUGGGGAAGCGCCGGAGGCCGGAGCCAGAGCCCCUGAGGAGGAGGCAGAAGGGGAAAGUGGAGGAGCUGGGGCCACCCUCAGCAGUGCGCAAUCAGCCCGAGCCCCGGGAGCAGAGGGAGCGGGCUCAUCUGCAGAGGGCACUGCAGGCCUCAGUGUCUCCACCAUCCCCCAGCCCUAACCAGACUUACCAGGGCAGCAGCGGCUACAACUUCCGGCCCACAGAUGCCCGCUGCCUGCCCAGCAGCCCCAUCCGGAUGUUUGCUUCCUUCCACCCUUCUGCCAGCACCGCAGGGACCUCUGGGGACGGUGAACCCCCAGACAGGUCACCCCUGGAACUUCACAUUGGUUUCCCCACAGACAUCCCUAAAAAUGCCCCCCACUCGAUGACUGCCUCAUCUUCCUCAGUCUCAUCCCCAUCCCCAGGUCUUCCUAGACGCUCAGCACCCCCUUCUCCCCUGUGCCGUAGUUUGUCUCCUGGGACUGGGGGAGGAGUCCGAGGUGGGGUUGGCUACCUGUCCCGAGGGGACCCUGUCCGGGUCCUUGCUCGGAGAGUACGGCCUGAUGGCUCUGUGCAGUACCUGGUUGAGUGGGGAGGAGGGGGCAUCUUCUGAACAGCUUGCCUCUGCCCACCUCCCCAUUCACACACACCGGCACUUUCAUACCCUGACCUCUGACCUCACCUACAGCUGGGAUGUACCUGGAGAGAUAGGGGAUAGUUCUCCCUACUGCCCAGGCUGGAAUCCAAGAGUAGGGGGUGGGGAAGAGGCUCUCUUCUCUACCUUCCUUCAUGAUUCCUGACCCCUCCAUCCUUCCCAUUUCCUUUGAUGUUAUUUUGUUACAGCUUUUUAAAUAUUUUUUAAAAUUAUUUAACCCCUGGGGGCAGAGACUGAGGAGGGAGGAUGAUAAGGGAUCCCGGACUCUGUAUGAUUGAAAUAAAGAGAAAUAAAUCUA